AUGACAGCAAUUCCAUCCAAGCUCAAGCGCAAGCACGCAGAGUCUGAGAGCAGAAAGAAAUCUACCAUCGACGACUUGCCAAACAAGCGCGUCAAAAGAGCUGUGGGGAAGACAAUUUCUGGCCCUCAAGUUCCCAAACAUGCCAAGAAGAAGAAGAAGUCUCAAAAGAUUUCGUCUAUGGGUCCACCUUCUUUACCGAAGACUAAGACAGUUCGUCCUCGAAAGUCGCGCCAAAAGGAAGACCCGAUGAAAAGUACUUUGGUUUCAUCUCCACUGCGUUCCCCGAUUGUAGUUCGGCCAUCCUCUUCUCAAAUCCAAAAAUCGCCUGGUUUUAUCCUCACUCCGGUGAUUUCUUCACAGUCGACGUUUUCGUCCCCUGUCAAAUCACGGGAUACCGCGCCUGGUCGAUCUGCGGCUUCGGUUCCGGGCAAAACCUUUACCACUGCACUUCAGGAACCAUCAUGGCUUCCCCCAGCAACCAGACCCGAGGGCCCAACUAAAUCUUCAAGUCAAGGUAUCACCGCAGGGGCAACCGGGCGUUAUCCGAGACGAGGUGAGGCUGCGGAAUUCGCGCAGGUUCAAGACUAUGAAGCUCCCCGGAAGGCUCCCCGGAAGGCUCCCCGGAAGGCGGCCCAGACCUCAGCUGGUCACAUAGCAAGGGGAAUGGUCAAAGCUAGGGUUGGUACUAAUCCACCCAAAAAUAUAAUGCAGUUCCAUGCCACAAACAGUCUAGGUGAGCGGGCUGUUGCCUGGCCUGUCAUCUCAUUUGGUCCAGACGGGCCGAUGCCUCGAUGGCGGUUGUGGGAACAUCAACCAGACCUGCCACUGGGAAGAGACCUUGCACUCGACUUGAUCCGAACACAUCCAGACAGAACGAUCAUUCGAGGACUUGAUCACAACAGUCACCCCAGAUCCAAUGAUUCCAGCAUUGGUCUUGGCGCCCUUUACUGGGACUUUGAGGCAGGCCCGGAGAACACAUGGACUGGCCUCACGAGAGAGCAGCUUUACGAGUUUGCAUACAAGUGCCUCGAGGAUGCCUUGAAUGACUACAUAAGCAGACACGAGUUCCGCCUUGCGAUCAAAAGUGCAAACCUCAGCUCAAUUGCUAAUGUGGAAGACCCAUUGCCGCCUAUCCCCAAACCACCCGCAGUCACUCACUUUGGACCUGGAGCUGGCGUGACCUCGUGGCCGAAAAUGCCUCCUCGCAUGGAAGGUCGCCCCAUUUACUACUUUGGUAAUCGAUUUUCGCGUCCUAGUAUGGCUGUUAAUAUGGCCCAAAGUGCUGGCACACGGACAGACUUCUUGGUCUCCAGGAUGCGUCAUCACUUGAAGGGAACUUUGGGCCAAGCUGGCACAACGGAUCCUUCACGGGAUCCUAGAGAUGAAAGCCCGCCACCUCCUGCGAAUCCACCCAGCGCUUCGGCGAGGGAUUUUCAAAAAAAGGCAGCCGGUCCGAUAAGACUGAGAGGUGGGAACAAAGCUCUAGUUGUUGGAGACUAA